AUGUCCCCAUCUGCUGUCAGUAACACGAGCAAUGGCACUGCUGGUGCCCCUAAGCAGAAUGCUUGGGCUGGUCAUCUCGGGGCCGCUGGCUUCGACCUAAGAAGCGAUACUAUGACCACUCCGACGGCUUCGAUGCUUGCUGCCAUUCAAAAUUGCAGUUUGCUAGACGAUGUUUUCGUGGAAGACCCCACAACGAUGGAACUCGAAUCUCACGUCGCAGCUCUUGCUGGCAAGGAGGCCGCUCUCUUGGUUCUCUCCGGGACCAUGGGGAACCAAGUAGCGCUCCGAGCCCUCCUCACGCAACCUCCAUACAGCGUCUUGAGUGACCAUCGCUCACAUAUUAUCAAGUAUGAGGCUGGCGGCGUUGCUUCGCUUUGUGGCGCCAUGAUACAGCCCGUGGUACCACGUAAUGGAGCCUACCUGACACUAGAGGACAUUGAGGCCCAUGCUGCUCUCGAUGACGAUGUCCAUACCUGUCCUACCAGGGUCAUAAGCUUGGAAAACACCCUCGGCGGCGUGGUGACCCCCUUGGCCGAGGUCAAGAGGAUCGCAGAGUUUGCACGGAAGAACAACCUUAAGCUUCAUUGCGAUGGGGCCAGAAUGUGGGAGGCUGUUGCCUCUGGAGCCGGUAGUCUCUCCGAAUACUGCUCACUAUUCGACACGGUCAGCUUGUGCUUCUCAAAGGGUCUUGGUGCUCCGAUUGGAAGCAUCGUUGUGGGCGACGCAGCGCAAAUCAAGCACGCCCGCUGGGUGCGCAAGUCUAUCGGCGGUGGUCUCCGGCAGUCUGGAGUGGUAGCAGCUCCUGCUAGGAUUGCCGUUGACGAGACGUUCGGAAAGGGGCCCAAUGGCGAGGGUGGUCUUUUGAAGUCGUCUCAUGAGACCGCAAAGAGAAUCGGGGAACUCUGGACUAGUCUCGGUGGCAAGCUUACCCUUCCGGUCGACACCAACAUGUGCUGGCUUGAUUUAGAUGCUGCUGGGUGCAGCACCCAGGAUUUCAUCGCGUUUGGGGCGGAAUUGGGACUGAAGCUCAUUGGCAACAGAUUGGUUAUCCAUUAUCAAAUUGCCCAGAACCAAGACAGGGUUCUGCCUAAGCUAGAGCAAGUCUUUCGGCGAGCUCUGGAGGGCGGUAGUCAGACAACAGGAGGGGAGAAGGGCCCAACGAACAUGUACCAGCCGCGUUAA